UUUUUCGGGUUGUUGCUCCGGAAGAGCCGCUCGUUGUGCGGCCCAGUGUAGCCCGUUCGUGCACCUCUGGGGGCCGGGGCCCGUCCGAUUCGCAACCGCCAUGGAGACGGUGGUACCUGCGCGGUGUCGGGGCUAAAUCGUGCGGGCAGCGAGCGAGGGGCCCAGAGCCCCGGGUCAAACCGGAGACUGUGGAGUAGGCGGCCCAGGCGGCAAGGCCGGAGACCACCGGGACGUCCCCAAAACCGGCGGCAAACCGACCACAGGACACAAAUGCAGUUGCCAUAGUUGCCUGUUCAGCAGAGGAAAAUCUGCCCAGACUUGAACAGAAUUUACAACAUUGCCUGCUUCAAAUAUGGAUGAGCAGGAAGCUUUAAAGUCCAUUAUGAAGGACCUGGUUGCCCUGCAAAUGGGACGAAGGAGCCGAAUGAGCGGCUAUGACAGCGUGAAGAGUAAAGCCAGUGUCCAUGCCAACAAGCAGAAUGAUGUCCGAAUAAAGUUUGAACAUAAUGGUGAAAGAAGAAUCAUACAGUUUAGCCGUCCAGUUAAGUAUGAGGAACUGCAUCAGAAAGUCAAGACCGUGUUUGGGCAGCUAAUGGAUUUAAACUACACUAACAAUGAGCUAUUAAUUCCAUUGCGAAGCCAGGAUGAUCUUGACAAAGCUGUUGAUUUGCUGGAUCGAAACUUUAACAUGAAGAGCUUGAAAAUCUUGCUGGUAGCUCAGGAGAAAAACCACACGUCACCAGCUUCUUCAACCGUUUCGAAGCAACUCCGCAUUAAGGCUUCGCAGUCGGUGGGCGACAUCCUCAGCACCAUCCCUCAGCCACCAGAGUCACGGGGCAGGCACCUCUCUGUUGGUUCUCAGAACACAGGUCGAAGCUCACCACCCCCAGGAUACGUACCAGAGCGACAACAGCGGAUCGCUCGCCAGGGAUCCUACACCAGCAUUCACAGUGAAGGAGAAUUUAUCCCUGAGAACAUGGAACAAUGUAUCUACGAACCCCAGAGCAGUACGGAAAACUCCAUUUCAGGCAGCUGCCAGUCUUUGGAUAGGAGAGCAGAAAGUCCGUCAUAUCGAAAAUCCCGUAUGUCCAGAGCACAGAGUUAUCCUGACAACAGACAGCUGUACCUGGACCGUGAGAACCAUGUCUAUGAUAAGGCUGGAAAAGGGGGCACCUAUCCCCGACAGUUCCAUGUGCCUGUCCACCAGAAAGAUUAUGGUGAUGGACGGAGAACCUUCCCAAGGAUUCGCCGACAGCAGGGGAACCUGUUCACCCUCGUCCCCUCCAGCAGGUCACUGAGUACAAAUGGGGAGAACAUGGGUUUGGCUCAGUACAUGGACAGCAGGGGGAGAAUUCGCAGUGGUGACAUCGAAAAUACACUCUCAGUACAAGAGAGGAAUGUUCCCACUAAAUCACCAAGUGCACCUACCAACUGGAGGAGAGGAAAGCUGCUGGGACAAGGGGCUUUCGGACGUGUCUACCUCUGUUACGAUGUAGACACAGGACGUGAACUUGCUGCAAAACAAGUUCAGUUUGACCCUGACAGCCUUGAGACUAGCAAGGAAGUAAGCGCGUUGGAGUGUGAGAUUCAGUUACUGAAGAACCUACAGCACGAGCGAAUAGUGCAAUACUAUGGCUGUCUCCGUGAGAAAGCAGAGAAAACUCUUUCCAUUUUCAUGGAGUAUAUGCCUGGGGGUUCAGUGAAAGAUCAACUGAAAGCCUAUGGCGCACUAACAGAAAAUGUGACCCGAAAAUACACCAGGCAGAUUCUGGAAGGUGUGUCCUACUUGCACAGUAAUAUGAUUGUACAUCGGGAUAUAAAGGGAGCGAACAUUUUGCGCGACUCUGCAGGGAAUGUGAAGCUGGGUGACUUUGGAGCAAGCAAACGUCUGCAGACAAUCUGCAUGUCAGGGACCGGGAUCCGCUCAGUCACUGGGACGCCAUAUUGGAUGAGCCCAGAGGUGAUCAGUGGUGAAGGUUAUGGAAGGAAAGCAGAUGUUUGGAGCCUGGGAUGUACGGUGGUGGAGAUGCUCACAGAGAAACCUCCCUGGGCUGAGUACGAAGCUAUGGCUGCCAUUUUCAAAAUUGCCACUCAGCCAACAAACCCCCAGCUGCCAUCUCACAUUUCAGAUCACUGCAGGGACUUCCUGAAGAAAAUAUUUGUGGAUGCAAAGCAAAGACCAUCAGCAGAGGAACUGUUCAGAAAUCCAUUUGUCCAGUUAAUUCACUGAUGGACGUAGCUUGCUUGGAAGCUGGAAAUUUCUUAAUAAUAGUAUUUUGUUUUAAAACCGUCUAAAAGGUUAUUAUACCUAGUGUUCCAUUCAGUAAGUAUACUCAGUAACACCAAUUACAUGAGUGUCUGUACCCAAGGCAACAGUUUAGUCCUGUGGUACAGGGAAAUGCUGAAAAUAGCUGGACAAAUACACAAUUCUCAAUGCAUUUACAGACAACACGAACGUCUUUUUCAGAAGGUCUCAUCUCAACACAUACGCCAUCAACUGGACAGAGUGCAGUAUUUCCACAGACCCUGGAACACUCCGUGAAAACAGCUUGUUACACAGAACAAGAGAUUUCAAACAUUAUGCAAAACACGGUUUACUCUCAUGCAAAGUGGAAGGAAUGCAGCUUUUUGGGGAAUGCAUAUAUUGUAUUUUUACUCCCGAAUUUCAAAAGCGGCCUUGGCGACAUUCUCUUCAGUUUUCUCCAUCUGUCUAUUUUCAUACACAUUGGAGGCAAGGUUUUGUACAAGAAGCUGUGCUUAAAUAAUUCUAGUGAGGUCAGAGAUACAGGCCGCAAGCUUUCCACCUCACCUGUUUCUAUCAAGCUGAUGCUUCAACCCGGAAUGGGGUGUGUGUGUGUGUGUGGGGGGGGGGGUGUGUGUGAGAGAGAGAGAGACAGGCAGACUGACUGCAUGUGUAAGUACAUAUACAUUUACAGUUUACCAAAGUCUAAUCAUUUGUUUUUUUGCAAUCUUGAAUUUCCUACUCAAUAAGAUAAGAACCAUAUCAAGGCAAAUGGUAAUGUGGCUACCUUAUUUAAUGCCUGGUAACUGGUUCUGGUGAUGGAACGUGCAAGUUCCAAUGUAUUUUUAACAAGGCAGCCCAUGACCAUGUUAUGGAGGGAAACAAGAGGGAAGACAAAUGUCACUUUUCAUUAGUUUUGUGUUUUAAAGGUGCUAGUUCUCACAACUGAAGCAAAGAGGUGCACUUUCCCAACUGCACCAUAUGCCUUUAGGUUUGUUAUAUAAAACAAAUGCAAGUUUCCUAUUUGCUAAAUGUUAGUAUUCUGCCAGUAAAUCUUCAGUUCAACAAAGUAAUGACACUGAAAUUAACUCAAGAUCUUAUGUGAAUAAUUGCAUAUAUCAGUAGAGAGCCAUGUUCAUUCAGAAUUGCCUUUCCAUGUGACUCAGCCACUUUGGAAUUAGCAGGGUUUUGGCAACUCCUUGGUAUCUGCAGCCAGUGAUGGGCAACACCUCUUUGUACAAUGAAUUAGCAUUACAGUUUUACAAGGAGACUUUCCACAACACAGCUGAACACACAGCCAUCAAAUCGCAUAAACAGUGCUGUCCAGAUUGUACCAGUGUUUUGAAUGUUCCAUGGAGGUUCUUGGUUAUGGCCUCACUUACACUGUCAGUUGAAACUGAUAAACCCUGAUGUGUGCUGGAAAGAACUGUCCCAGCUGUACUUGUUCAGAGUAUUGUUAACGGCACUGCCACUCUACACCUAUCAUGCUACAAAUGGGUGCCUGAUGUUUUUCUUUGUUGCUAGCCUGCUGCCUGUUUUUUGACAAAGUUAAAAAUCACACAAACCAGAUUAUUGUCCAACGGAUUUAUUUGGAAGCACUAAGUUUAUUUUGGAGUGCUGCUCCUUCAUCAUAUCGUGCUUCCAAACACCGGCUCCUCCAAUCAUCUGCUUUUUGAUACAGUUGAUGACUUCUGGUCAUGAAUACCAUACUUUGGCCAUAUAAAAGUAAAGUGGUAUUGACAAUUUAAGUCACACGUCACAAUGGAGGACAGCAGGGGCUAUGAUGAUCAAUGUUGCUCAUUGUGGUCUUACACUUUUUGUUUAGUGUGACAAUACACCAGAUCAAAACUCCGUCCCACCACACAUCGGCUGCCAUUUAGCAAACUUGUUAAAAAUGUUUUUAUUUCAGAAGUCUUCGUUUAAACUAAUGCUGGCCACAGCUGUAGCUCCAUUCCCCCACGUUAUUGCGCAGACAAUCCCAGACAUCCUCAAAAUGAUGCAAUGGAGGUAUUGCCCAUCGUUUGAAUCCAGUACUAUCACUAAGUUAAAGAACAAAGGGACAAAGAUAUAUGUUCGGUAAAGGCGUAAUGCCAACUGCUUUCAGCUCUGUGAAGAUGCACUUUCUUGAAUGUAUUUUGUACUGAACUUAUUUUUUAACUUCUUCUUUGCUGAUGUAAUUUAUGCCUCUUUAUACUUUUAUUUUAUUUUUAAUUUAUACCAGAAAUGCUAUUUGAAGGUUUUAUAUAUAUAUUUAUAUAUAAGACUUGAGACUGUUGCAGAAAUCUAAUGCAAAUACCGUGCCUUUGAGGAACCGCAGCUGGUUUUGCAGUAGUUAGUGGGAGAUUUUGAGUACCGUUCUGUGCUGCCCAGUGCAUUGUGCAGAGAUGCAUGUAUUCUACCAUCCUUACGUGACUGGUCAUAAUGUAAUUGCUGUUAACAGCAUUGAAGUUGUUGCCUACAACCAGAUGAUCACUUUUAUUUAAUGUUUCUCAUGAGAUGAUCCACCACAUUGCUGAGAAUUUGGAGUCAGAUUUAAGCCACAUCAAGUAGGGAGUGCAGAUUUCCUUCUCAGAAGAACAUUAGUGAACUCAGUGGGCUUUUGCAACAAUAGUUUUAAAUAAUUGUUACUGGGACUAACUUUAUACUCCAAAUUUAUUGAUUAACAUUCGACAAGAUUCUAUGGUGGGAUUGGGACUUGUCUCUCCAGAGCAUUAGCCUGAGCAUCUGAAUUGGGGAGGGAAGACCUAGUCGUAUUACUACUGAGCUCUAAAUCCUGAGACCCAGGUACUGUUCUAGGGACCUGGGUUCGAAUCCUGCUGUGGCGAAUGGUGGAAUUUGGACUUAAUAAGAGUCAGGAAUUAAGAGUCUAAUGAUGACCAUUGCUGAUUAUCGGAAAAAUACGUCUCGUAGAAACAUAGAGGUAUACAACACAAAGAGAUGCUCAGUCCAACUCAUCCAUGCCGACCAGAUAUGCUAUAUGAAUCUAGUUCCAUUUGCCAGCAUUUAGUCUAUAUCCCUCUAAACCCGUCCAGGCUCCUUUUUCAGUGUUGUAUUUGUACCAGUCACCCCUCAACCCCCGAUGCUCAAGGGAAAACAGCCCCAGCCUAUUCAGCCUCUCCCUAUAGCUGAAGCCCUCCAACCCUGGCAACAUCCUUGUAAAUCUUUUUUGAACCCUUUCAAGUUUCACAACAUCCUUCCAAUAGGAAGGAGACCAGAAUUGCACACAAUAUUCCAAUAGGAGCCUAGUCAAUGUCCUUACAACUACAACAUGACCUCCCAACUCCAAUACUCAAUGCUCUGACCGAUAAAGGCAAACAUACCAAAAUCCGCCUUCACUAUUCUAUCUACCUGCGACUCCACUUUCAAGGAGCUAUGAACCUGCACUCCAAGGUCUCUUCAUUCAGAUACACUCCCCACUUGCCAUUCAAAAAGAUUCUGGGUUAUCCAAGAUGGAGGGCAGGAAAAAAUAUGGCUGUAAGAACUGUUGUUUUUUGAGGUAUUUUCUGUGUGGCAGUUGAUUUCCUCGAAUUCUAGGUGCAGUAAUUACUGUUUUAUAAGCUGUUGCGUUGUUUUGGAACUUUGGAGUGGGGAGAUCAAAGCAAAUGGCACUUUGAAAAGGAGGAAGGGAGGCAGAGGGCAGUGAUUCAAACUGAGAAAGAAACCAGCCUGAGACAUCUGGUUCAGUAAUGUCCUUUCAGGAAGGAGACUACCCUCCUUACCUGGUUACCGACAUGUGACUCCAAAUCCACAGCAAUGUGGUUGACUCUUAAUUGCCCUCUGGGCAAUAAAUGCUGGUCUAGCUAGUGACACUCACAUCCCAUAUUGAACGUUUUAAAAAUCUUGUCUGUUUAUACAAUGCGACUGUUUCCAUAUUGUUAAUUGUCUACCUGCUUUGUCAGAUGAGCUGUUCUCAUGUUUUGUGAGGAACCAGUGAUAUCACUCCCACUCCAUUCUCAUUUCCCUUCAAUGACUGUUCCUUCUAACAUCUCACCCUCCUGCUCUGUAAUCCUCUUCCUAAAUUUCUCACCUUUAACACAUCUCCGCCCACUUCUCCAAAUCCCUCAAAAACUUCAUUGUAGUUUUGAACUAUUCUCUUGACAAAUCCUUUCCUCUUCCUUCCAAACACACUCCCCCACUCAUUUCAAUUAAAACUCCAUCUUGGUGUGGAGUUGUGACUAUGAUUAAAUACUACAUUAGUUUGCAGAUGGAAUGGUUGGGUGUAUUGUAUGAAAAUGUGUACCAUUAGCACCUCAAAGACUAGCAAAAGCUACUGUUUUCAGUUCUUCCAUUUAUUUUCCUGAGUUCAAAAAGAAAUUGGAAUUGGGAGUAUGACUGAUAUAUCCAGGUUUUCAGACAGUCUUGAAAAUUGUGUUCCUGUAACAGUCAACAGCUGUUGGCAGGAAGGGGGAAGGGGAAGGUGAUUCAUCCUGGUACUGGGCUGCACAGAAAUUCUCCACAAAGUCUUCAAUCACAGACAUGGCAGAGAGCCCUCUGUCAGUCCGAGAGAAGUGCUAAAGGCUUGCAGUGCAGAGCCACUCCAAUAGGUUGUGUUUUUAAAGUAAAGCCGGAUCAUUUUUACAUAUUUUUAAAAGGGAAAAUAGUUUUACACAAACCAUUUUUUCAGAUGACAAUUUUUCAGAGUACUUGAAUGUUUUGUUUGAAAUGAAAGGAAGCCAAGAUUGGUCUAGCUUCCUUUUGACCUGUUGGCUCCAAUUCCUCUCCAACAAUUGUUCCAUACUGAGUUUCUGUCUGUAUUCAAUGAGACAAAUGUUCACUGUCCAAGUACGACUAGAGUUGGAUGGUAGAAGCUGCCUCUGACAGGGCGUAAUGAACAGCAACCCUUCCCAGGACCAAACUUUCAACUACAUCUUUGAACACUUGCAUUGCCUUGGGUUCACCAGCAACUAGGAACGAUCAUUAAUGUCUGUCAGGCAUUGUGGACUUGACCUGAUUUAUUCUUGUUUUUGGUGACAUCAAAAACUGCAGUUGGCAGCUUUAGGAUAGGCUCAGAUUGACAGGCUGAAAUAUUGGUCUGCUGACCAACUGAGAACAAACACGUUUGCCAAUGUUCGGAGACUUAGGGAUUCAUUUACCACCACCCCCCUCCCCCUCCCAACCACCACCAUCAACCCCUACCCCCUUCACCCAAUCCUUUUAUAUUCUGUGCCUCAAUUAGUGUUGGGCAUUUGCUGAAGGCAGUGUUUGUUGAUCAUGCAGUGGUAAAGUCUGAGAUUUAAACCUGCUAGACCACUUCUUUAAGCUAUUUCCGUAGGUGGUGUGGUGCACUGCAGUGCUGGCUGGGGGAGACUCAGCAUCCACAGUUUCCUAUUAAGUGUGCACCUGUGGGAAUGGGCUGAGCAGAUAGCUGCUCCUUCGGGAGUUGGGCAGAGUCACUUCACAAAUCUCUUGCGCACAGAGCUUAGCAAAGACUCUGCAGAGAUGUGGAUGAGGGACAUCAAACCUGUCCUGGCAGCCAGGCACUGUGUCACCUGGCAAAACAGAAAUAAAGUUUAACCUGUACAGCUGUUGAAAUGGUCACUUCUCAAUGUGAAAUGAUCAAAAUCUGUCACGUCCCAGUGCAGGGUAUCGUAUAACUGCAAAUGUAGGAAGGGACGAUGUAUCUUCAUGACAGGCUAAUUCCUUUCUAACAGUUAUUUGAAUUAUCUGUUGAAUGUUUUAAAACCAAAAGUGCCCUGGUCUCCAUCAAGCCUUUAAGCUAAUGCCCAAAUAUACAGUCACAUAACCAAAGACAUUACAAUGUUGAUGAGCCUAGAACAUUUUGAAUUACAUGUCAUGUAUCUUUCGCUUCCUCCAGUUUCCCCAACCAAUGCAGCAAGCAAAGAAUGGGUGAGGGUCUCUGCUCACAUGUACUCAUCAUCAUUGAAAGUGCAGACUACUCACUGGAAAAUGUUGAUGGACUGGUUUUGUGAGCCACCAACCCCCUGCCUGCAUUUCACAGUCUAGGCCAAGAUCAGGAGCAUGAAAAUUGCUUCAGCCAAAUGUGCAUUCACACCUGAAAUGGAAACAAAUUUGGACAGACUUGCAUCAUCAGGUUGGCGCGUAGGAAAUGAAUGGGAGAGAGUUGACUCCAAAAUGUGCCAGACUUCCGGUGCACGUCAGUAUGUGUUGAAAGUACCAGCACACAUUUAACAAACUUGUAUACGCUUUUUACUGCUUUACAGAGGAGGGGGGGGUCCAAAUUAUAUAUCAUACAAACCUCUCUUGGGUAAAACUGCUCCAUGGUGUCCUCAUUUUAUACAGCUGGCACCUUGGUUGCAGAAACAAAAAAUAAACACUGUCAAAUUCUA